GCAGCGCGCGGAAGAGGAAAGCCGUCUCCAGUCCCGACUCGAGCUUGUCAAAAAAAUAAGCUAAGUUAGCAACGGUAGUUGUAGCUAGUUCGUUCCACUGUGCGAUAUAACAAUAAAAUCAACUCUCUGUGGUAUACUUUAAGUAAAUCUGUUGAAGUAAUUAGGUACAAAUCGUUAAGAUAGGUACUUGUAGUCAACACUGAAGUGUGUGAAUUGGUUUUAAAGUCACAGUGGAUUUUAAAAGGUAAACGCGUCARGCUAAGCUAACGUUGCUGUGUUAGCAAUUAGCAAGACUAURYACCUCGAUUAGGUUUUAGGUAAAARUCUUAAUUGUUAAAAGGGCAUUAAAAUUUUGAAGAUAAUGCACCACGUAAAGAUCAAAACCGAGAGGCCAGAUGUAGAGAGCACUGUUGGACGCACCAAGUUGGAUGCUGUGUUAAAGGGUCUUGUGGAGAAGAGUGAAAAUGAAACAGAGCCAAGUGAGGGUGAUCCAGGAAAGUUAUCAGUGGACUCCCUUAAUAAGGAUUUGUCUCCAUCAUCUGCUGGAAAGAGACCUUCAACAAGAUUUCCACAGCACCGGAGGAAGAAACGAAAGGAGAUGGAUGAGGGCAUCCCAGAGGCCAAUCAGCAUAAACAAAACGCAUAUGUUAUUAAGCUGUUUGAUCGCAGCGUUGAUUUGGCCCAGUUUAACACCAGUACUCCUCUGUAUCCAAUCUGCCGUGCCUGGAUGAGAAACAAUCCUUCGGUCCGAGAGCCAUUAGCUUCCCCAAGCUCCCCACACAGCAUGUCAGAAGAAGAGAUGGAAGGAGUGCUCCAACAGGAACCAGUUAAGAUACAGCGAAAGCAUCAAGAUUCUGAAGGAGAUGAAAGACCUUUUUGAUCGCUGACUUAGAACCUUGUAGCUCUUCAGAACAGAAUGGACUUUUUUUUUUAGUUCCAAUGAAACCAAGGUCUUUAUUUAAUUUUAAUGUACCUGCUUUUUACACAGUCAGGCACAUAGAGAAACAUUAACAGAAUUUUGGGUCCUAGAUGACUUGAAACCCCCCCCCCCAACACACACACACAAAUUUUUUACUGCCUUAACCCCCUUAAAUUUAAAAUAUUUAUGGCCAUAUCUAAGUUUAAUGUAGUAUUUCCAGACACAGUGACUUGGAACAUUCUUAUCAAAAUUUAACCUUUUAAACUCAGGUUUACUUCCUUAAUUUGGUGUGUUUCAGACAAAUGAGCAGAAAUGGGAACUUUUAAAGAAACGUAUUUGUUUAAACUUCUUUCUUUUAAGAAAUAAAGCCUCUAUAGGAGAAUAAUAUAUCUCUGUUAUAAAGCUGCCUGAUAUCACUGACAGUGCAGUCAGUAGUGUGGUAGAAUAACAUUCUUAUACAGAAUUAGUUCAGUGAAAAGCAAACGACUUGAGGUGUACGUGCAUACCUACAAAGGUUUUCACUUCAACUGGUUACGGUCAAACACCGUCAAGUCAUGUUGCAAGAGCUUCGGUGGAAGCGCACUUCGAUUUUACAAAAAGAUUUUACAACAAAUUUUCUGUGCUUUUUUUUUUAAAUUAGACACGAAAACGGAUUUUAUGAAUGCAUGAGAGAUGAUGCUAGUAGAGUGAUAUCCACAAUAAAUUAUUUAAAAAUUUGUAA